AUGCCAAACCGCCACGGGAAUACAUACGCAGAAUACUACAAUGACGAGGAUUACAGACCAUCUCGGUCGCCAAGUAGGUUAAACCAAGUCGUCCACGGGCAGUCCCACGACGCCAAAGAGAUGGCCAAAUCGGCAUUUGCUAGCCAUGCAUCCAGGCGUCAGGCAGAGCCCUACGAGUAUGAAGCCUACUCCGACCGACGAACGCGACGCCAUCACGAUUACGCACCCGGCAAUGGCCACAGAGAAGCAGACUACUAUCGUCAUGACGGCCAUCACCCACGGCGAGGGCGAUCAUUGCACAGCGAGGAGAGAUACGUCGGCGGGAGAAGAGACCAUUCCCACCACCGUCGACAGCCGGGGGCGCGAUCCCACAGCGAAAACCGCGUCAAAGAGGCUGCAACGGCGGCCCUGGCAGCGGGUUUGGCGGAGGCUAUCAAGUCUCGCCACAGCCGGGACCAGUCCAGACGUGCUAUUACAGCGGCGGCCGGAGCGGCUGCAGUGGAUGCUCUUGUGAGCAAUGGGGAAGACGGGAAGAAAGGACGACGCAUUGCGGAGAGCGCUGUUGGCGGUCUCUUGAUCGAUCGGCUUGCAAACGGCAGCUCUAAGCGCUGA